AUGGUACUCGAACUCAAACUCGUCGCCUCCGCCUUGGGAAUCAUCUAUCUAGGCUCUCACGCCGCCAUCCGCCGUCCCCCUUCCGCCAGGCCCCCCAAAGGAAAGCAUCCUGGUGGAAAGGCAGACGAUGAUGACCGCUUCUCGCAAGGGCUUGAGCCCUCUGACGCAAUUCUAUUUCCCGUCAUGGCGGGCAUCGUGCUCAUGGGGCUGUACUACCUCAUUCAGUGGCUCAAGGACCCAGCUGUCUUGAAUAAGAUUCUGAGGUACUACAUGACCACUGCGUCAAUAGCUAGUAUCCUGACGCUUUACGCACACGGUAUGGAUCUGGUGACAUCCUUCGUUUUCCCGACGUACUGGCGCGGCUGGAACGGAUCCCUCCGAAGAGUCGACCAGCAAGCCAAAACGGUCCAGGUCUGCGACGACUCUGGAAACGUUGGUGCUGUGACGGGAAAGAACCCCCUGCCCGGCAUCCUUAGCGUGUUUGCUGCCACAGAGAGAGGACAGAAAGUGGUCUGGGAGCUCAGGAGCCUGCUCACCAGACACUGGACGAUAAAGCUGUUUGUCCACGGGGUGGGCGAGGAGACGGCCAAGAUUCGACUUUCGCAUAUGAUGGGGCUGUUUUUGUCCCUGGCAACCGCGCUGUUGUACUUCUCGACGCAUUCGGCGUUUCUCUCAAAUAUGCUUGGGUAUGGCAUGUGCUAUGGAAGCUUUCUUAUCCUGUCGCCGACGGAUUUCUUGACGGCUAGCUUGGUCCUGUGGGGCCUGUUCCUUUACGACGUCGUCAUGGUGUUUUAUACGCCUUAUAUGGUGACUGUCGCCACCACCCUCGAGGUUCCCAUCAAGCUCACUUUCGAGGUCGCAUCGCGGAAAAGCAUCCUUGGCCUCGGAGACAUUGUCAUCCCCGGCAUGGUCAUUGCCUGGGCGCUCCGUCUCGACCUGUGGCUACACUACGUGCGCAAAAUAAAGUAUGAACCAACCGACCUCACCAUGAUCACAAAGGACGAGUCCUCUGGAGAACUUGUCCGUCGUAGUGAAGUCAAGCACAAGGAAGUCAAGGCUCGUUACGUUGACGCCAAGAACAAAUGGGGCGAGGGUCUCUGGACUCGCGAGAACUUUUUCCUCUCGUUUCCGUCGCAAUUACCAGUCGAGCUGGCAGCCGCCCGGUUCCCCAAGACGUACUUUUACGCCGCCAUGACAGGGUACACGCUCGGCAUGGCUGUGACGCUGGCUAUGCUGUUACUUUUCAAACGUGGGCAGCCGGCGCUACUGUAUCUCGUUCCAUGUGUUUUGGGCUCGAUGGUGCUCACAGCGCUGGUGAGGGGGGAGUGGAAGGACAUGUGGAAGUAUACCGAGGACGGCAGCCUGGAUACCGUGGAUGUGGUUGUCGAGCUGGACGGGCAGGGAAAGGCCAUCACCACGAUAGGGCUGCUGGAGAAUGGCAUUGUAGACACGACCAAGGAGAAGCAGGACAGGACCGACGGGAAGCAGGCAGGGGACGAGAAGAAGGUCGUGGAAGCAAACCUGAAGGAGGCUACAGCGAGAAGGGGGCACAAGGUGUUUUUGCUGUCUAUAGAAGCUGCCCCCGAGACUGAAGGGGAGUAG